AUGGCCCUCAAGCUCUACGACGCCCCAGCCCCCAACCCCUACGUGGUCCGCCUCUUCAUCCUCGAACGAGGCGGCCUCGACAUCGACGUCCAGCAAAUCGACAUCAUGAAACUCGAGAACCGCCGCCUCGCAUACCGCAAAAUCAACCCCAGAGGUGAAGUCCCAGCCCUCCGUAUAGGCGAUGACUUCAUUCUCACCGAAAUCACCGCCAUCUGCGAAUAUCUCGACGAGAUAGCCCAAGGCGGCACGUCACUCUUUGGCAACACUCCUCUCGAACGCGCAGAGACACGCAUGUGGCUCCGACGAAUGGAUCUGGAAAUCGCACAGCCGUUAAUCGCAUGGUUCCGCAACGAUCCAACCACGAUAGAUUUCUACAAGGGAAAUCGGACUCCCGUCCCCGAGGCGCGCGUUGGCCAGAAAGUCGCCAUUAACCAGUUCUUGAAUCUGCUGGAUGAUCAGCUUGAGGGGAAGACUUUUCUGUGUGGGGAGAGGUUCUCUGCGGCUGAUAUUCACUUUUAUGGGUUGAUGAAGAUGAUGGUUGAUCAAGUUGCGCCGUGGGUGCUGUCGCCGGGACGGUUGAAUGUUGAGGCGUAUUGGCAGAGGAUGGAUGAGAGGGAGAAGAGUAGAGCUGCGAUGGCUCCUUUUGCUGCGCGGGUGACGUUGUCUUGA